CAUCCACCGUAAAAGGGCAAUUAUGUAAUCUCACAAUAAACAUCAAACACCCAUUUAAAUUUUCCCAUUUCUCAACCUCUUUUCCCCAAAUAUCUCCUUCUUUCUCUCUCUUCUUAACAAACAAAUUAAUAAAACUCAAAAUCAAAACCCAAAAAACCUCCUUCAUCUUCUUCCCCAAAAAAUAAAAAUGGCAACUCUGCAACAAAAACUCACAAUUCUAACAAUCCUCUGUUUCACACUUUCUCUCUCCUCCACGUCAUCAUCCACCAUGACAGUCCACGACCUUCUGAAGAAGAAAGGUUUACCAGCCGGUUUACUCCCAAAAGAAGUUAAAUCUUACGAAUUCAACGAUCAAACCGGUCUUCUAGAAGUUUAUAUUGACGGUCCAUGUUUAACAAAAUUCGAAAACAGGGUUCUUUUUGAAAGUGUUGUAAAAGCUAAUCUUACUUAUGGUGAACUUAUGGGUGUUGAAGGAUUAUCACAAGAAGAGCUUUUUAUUUGGUUACCUGUUAAAGAAAUUACUGUUUUUGAUCCUAAAUCUGGGAUUAUUUUGUUUGAUAUUGGUAUGGCUCAAAAACAACUUUCUUUGUCACUUUUUGAAGAUCCUCCUAGUUGCAGACCUCAAGAAGGAUUAAUAAAUUAUAGUGGAAGGAAAGACAAAGGAUUUGGAGCAGAAAGAUGAAGAAUAAGAUUUGAUGAAACUGUGUAAUGAAAAUGUUCCCCUUUCUCUCACUGUGUGGUUUGAUUAAUGAUGAUAUAAUUUGUGAGCUAAGAUGAUCUUGAAUAGGUGUGUGAAAUGGGGUUUGUUAGAUAACUUGUAUAGAUCCGAAAUUUUGGUAUCAAAUUUUGAAUGUAUCAGAUUCCUCCUUACUAGAAAUUUUGUUUUUCUUUUAUUUUUUCACCA